AUGGACGAGACCUCUGCCAAACGUCGGAAAGUGCGGAAAGGAACCCGCAGCUGCUGGGAAUGUCGUCGUCGCAAGAUCAAAUGCCAGUUCACAAAUGAAGAUGAUCCCGUUUGUGUUGGGUGCACUCAGCGAGAGACGGAUUGUGUCUCGCAGGAAUAUGUCCCUACGCCUUCUGCCGCGCCCCAAGACAAGCGUCUUGCACAGCGCCUUGGACGACUGGAGGAGUUGAUGGAGAAGUUCGUGGAGAAUGGAUCCGAGUCGAGGAAACGGGCAUCUAUACCAUCGCCUUGCGAGUCUGAGGAGGCACCGACGACACUGACUCGCUUCACGCAGCAUACUGUUGAUGUGUUUGAGUCCUCAGUCGCAGACAAUGCAGUACAAAUGACCCUCAACCCGAGCGAUACUUCGAGUCCAGCGGUAAUAAUACGGCAGACAGCAAGAUACCCCUCUCGUUCAGCGAAAGCGGCCAACGUUUCUGCUCAGCUUCACGCUCUCUUCCCAUCUCAAAAGAUCCUGUACGCCAUAUCUCAGCAAAGUCCCGGCGCACGCUUCGUCCUCAAUUCAUUCUACUCCCAACAGGACCAAUUAGACGGAAAACCCGAGCCUUUAUCAGCACUGGCCCAGAUCCCGCCGAUUACUAGCCAUCCUUCCAUCCUAGCCAAACGUCUUCUCCAACUUGCGGUAUGUCUGCAGCAAAUGCCGACAUUUUUCGACGGUAGUACUCUAGGUCUUAGUAAAUCGCCUCGCGAAACGAUGGAGGAAUGGGUCGCUGUUACAGGAAGACUCGUUACUUCAGACGAUGACUUUGUCGGCUGUCUAGAAGGUCUAGAGUCUCUCAUUCUGCACAGCUUCUACCAGAGUGACGCAGGCCAUCUGCGAAAAGCAUGGUUGACGUGUCGCCGCGCUCUCAAUAUGGCUCAAUUGAUGGGCGUUGACCGAAAGAACUCAAAGCCAAUUCGCUCAGCUGAUCCUGCCUUCAACGAGAAACAUCGUCCUUCACCACCAGUGAUCUGGUUCCGUAUCAAUUGCAACGAUCGCUACCUCUCUCUCAUCCUCGGUCUCUCGAUCGGUUCCAAAGACAACUGGUUUGCCGAAGACGAGGCUCUCCUCUCAGACGCACCGAGUGACAAGCUUGGCAAGAUGUACGCCGUGAUAGCUGGCAAGAUUGCCGACCGGAACGAUCUAAAAGGCAGCGCUGCGUACGUUCUGACGCAAUCAAUUGAUCUCGAUCUUGAAACGACUCACUCUCAAAUGGAUGAGAUGUGGUGGAAAACUCCUGACAUGGCUAUCUGCUGCGGAUCAUCCGACGCCUCAGGAGAUGGAAUGGGCAUUAUAAUGCUACAAGUGAGACACUAUACGCUCGUUCUCAUGCUUCAUCUCCCGUAUCUUCUUCGCGAUCGUGGCCAGCGACGAUACGAAUACAACCGGUCUACAUGCAUGCAAGCAAGCCGCGAAAUCCUCAUACGUUUCUUGGAGUACCGCAGCUGCUUCACAAAAGCUGUAUCGGGUCGUCAUGUCGACUACUCAGCCCUUGUGGCAGCCAUGACUCUCCUCCUAGGCUAUCUCGGUUGGCGCUGGCCCGGCUACGAGACAGAUAAAGAACAGGAUAGAGACCUAGCCGAGAGAACUAUGGAGAGAAUGCAGGAAAUGGGAACGGUCAACAUCCACCCGGGCCCAACACCUCCAGCAUCUACAACCAGCAUGAUGGCGUCCAACAACACCACACCAAGUGGCAACAGUGUGGGAGACGCCAUGUCACAGUUCCCACUUUCCUUCAACCCCCCCUCGUUCGCGCAGGACCAAUGCGAGCUACCCACCACAUGUCCGUUUGAGGGAACCUCGCCUGAUGUGGUGAACUUCAAUUGGCCAUGCUUUACGGCGGAUCCGGAAGAUUGGGCGUUGCAAGGCGUUGACACAACGUAUUGGAACAUGCUUAACAGUAAUAUUGUAGGGUGA